CCAGGAGGUGAAAGUUCAGGUCAGAGGUUAUCAAAAUGGCGGGUAAACAGUGAAAGUGAAACUUUGUUGCAGGUUUCGUUGCGAUUUUUACGUCCCAAGCGCGCCCUGAAAGGAAACCAAAAUGUCCCACAAGAGGCCACACCCAUCGCCACGGCAACCGUAUCCCAAGCAACACAGCAACAAGCCCCGCCCGCGGAGACAGCAGUUCACCCAAGACGUCUGGGACGAGACGGAGCGACUCUUCAGCAAGACGUUCUCCUUCCAGAAACCCGAGGAUGACCCAUGGCGCCUUCCUCCCGCCAAGGUUUUCUUCACCAAUCAGAACCAGCCGUUUCCUCAGCUCUUAGAGAUGAAGGAGGAACUCAACAGGGUCAAAGGUCUUCUGAGUGACAAAGAGAUCCGCAGCUGGCACGAGCACACGAACCAGACGAACCGCGCCGGGAAAGUCAUCUCUCAUCUCAAGCAGACCAUCCAUCCACAGCUCUGCACACAGGCUUGGUGCAAGUUCCAUGAGAUCGUCUCCACGUUCCCGAUUGUGUCGGACGCGGCGGUGGAAAGCGGCGUGUUCAACAGCGUGCACGUGUGUGAGGCGCCCGGCGCCUUCAUCACCAGUCUGAACCACUUCCUGGCCAACUGGAGGGUCAACUGCGAAUGGAACUGGGUCGGGAACUCGCUCAAUCCUUACUAUGAGGGCAAUGACCUUGAGCACACGAUAGACGAUGACAGGUUCAUCUUUGGCACUCUGUCCAACUGGCAUUUCGGAGCUGACAACACAGGAGACAUCAUGAGCACAGAGAACCUCCGACAUCUUAAGACUUUUGUGGCAGACAUCCAGCCCAUACAUUUGGUAACAGCAGAUGGCAGUAUCGACUGCCAGAAGAACCCAGGUGAACAGGAGAGUAUAGUCUCCCAGCUGCACUACUGUGAGGUGGUGAGUGCCCUCCAGCUGCUGGGGGAGGGGGGCGCCCUUGUAGUGAAGAAGUUCACCAUGCUGGAGCCAUCGUCAGCCUGCCUCAUGUACCUGCUCAACUGUGUGUUUCAAGAGGUUCAUGUGUUCAAACCAGCGACCAGUAAGUCCGGGAACUCGGAGGUGUAUGUCGUCUGUGUGGGGUACUCUGGACAGGAAACACUGGCUGGGCACAUGGACAAACUUAUGGAGAACUUUAAACCAGCUGGCCAUGAGAACGACCUUUUCCCGUGUGAGACCCUCCCCACGACCUUCACCUCCCAGCUGGUCUCCUGCUGCAGGCAGUUCACGGAACUGCAGUGUGAGACCAUCCAGGAGAACCUGCGCCUGUUCGACGCGCCGAGCGAGGAAAUGGCGGAACACAUCCGGCAGGCGCGGGAGUGCUGCGCUCAGGAGUAUGUGCACCGGUACCAGCUCCGACCAAUCAGGAAGGACGACAGGAUUUACACAGAGGCAGCUACGAGGUCCCAGUUCACCUCUGACCUGAGGAAACAGUUACAGGGCAGCUUCAACGAACGGCAGCAGCUGGCACAGCUACCCUGGGCACAGAAGAUACUCCAGGACGGGGGAGGGGGGCAGGGAGCCAUGGGUCCUGAGAGAACAACAAUAGCUACAUUAGAAGUGAGUUUAUCAUCAUAUUAAGCAGUAACUGGAUUCUAAGUUACAG